GGAUGCUGUCCGGGAACUGCCUGACUAUCGGCGCGCGUACUGGGCCCAGGGGGGAGGGGAGUUGGCCAGGAGCGAGGGGAAGCGCGCCGGGCGCGGGAGCUGGUGGCGACUGUACCUGGUUGCCUUGCUAAGCAAAUGCAGCUUCCAUAGUAGGAUCCAGGAUUGCGGUGUGAACUGGCCACCUGAAUAGCAAGUACAUAACUUUUUUUUUAAGUCGCAUCUUUAAGAAUGUCUUCAAAAAAAAAAAAAAAGUUUUAAUCGUAAGGCGCUCUUUAAAUGCCCAGGAGCUUAAGGACUGAAUUUGGAAGUUACCUAUCAAGCUUUUUCCCCAAGACUUUGCUGCUGAUCCCAUGCACGUGUGUGUCAAGGGAGAAAUUCAAGCAUCUAGAUGUAGAUUUUUAUCCAGAUAUUUGGAGUUGCAGCUCCUUAGCCGGAACCUGGGCUCAUGCGCUUGAGCCCGGAACUUUGAUCUGUGAACAGGAUAUUAAACUUUUUAAUUGGACUACCUGAACUACUUGAACCAUCAGGAUAAAGAACUCCAGAUUUUUCAUUUUUAAAGAAACUAAAUGAAUGAGAAAUUUACAGAAUGGAGAACGAAAAGGAAAAUCUCUUUUUCGAGCCACAUAAAAGGGGACUGAUGAAAACACCUCUGAAAGAAUCCACUGCAGCAAAUAUAGUGUUGGCGGAUAUCCAGCCUGACUUUGGCCCUUUAACCACACCCACCAAGCCCAAGGAGAUCUCCCAGGGAGAACCGUGGACACCAACAGCCAACCUAAAAAUGCUCAUCAGUGCUGUGAGCCCCGAGAUCCGCAACAGGGAUCAGAAAAGGGGUCUGUUUGACAACAGAAAUGGAUUACCUGAGGUCAAAGAUUGUUUACAUGAACACUUCUCUGGAGAUGAAUAUGAGAAAUCCCAACCCAGUCGAAAAGAGAAAAGUUUAGGAUUGUUGUGUCAUAAGUUUUUAGCUCGAUACCCUAACUAUCCCAACCCUGCUGUGAAUAAUGACAUCUGUCUUGACGAAGUAGCUGAAGAACUUAAUGUCGAGCGCCGACGCAUUUAUGAUAUCGUCAACGUCCUAGAAAGUCUACACAUGGUGAGCCGGCUCGCCAAAAACAGGUACACUUGGCAUGGGCGACACAACCUCAACCAGACCCUUGGGACUUUGAAGAGCGUCGGGGAGGAGAACAAGUACGCCGAGCAGAUUAUGAUGAUCAAAAAGAAAGAAUAUGAACAAGAGUUUGACUUUAGUAAGAGUUACAGUAUAGAGGAUCCCAUCAUCAAAUCAAACACUGGCCAAAAUGGACACCCAGACAUGUGUUUUGUCGAACUCCCUGGAGUGGAAUUUCGGGCAGCCUCUGUAAACAGCCGCAAAGACAAGUCUUUAAAAGUGAUGAGCCAAAAAUUUGUGAUGCUGUUUUUGGUUUCAACACCUCAGAUAGUAAGCUUGGAAAUUGCUGCCAAGAUUUUAAUUGGGGAGGACCAUGUGGAAGAUUUGGAUAAAAGCAAGUUUAAAACAAAAAUUAGGAGGUUGUAUGAUAUAGCUAAUGUUCUGAGCAGCCUGGAUCUUAUCAAGAAAGUUCAUGUGACAGAGGAAAGAGGCCGAAAACCAGCUUUUAAAUGGACAGGCCCAGAAAUCAGUCCAAAUCCCAGUGUUUCAGGUCUCAGCCCAGUCCUUCCUUUUGCUGCCUCUGAUUUGGAAGCGAGGCGAUCUUCAAAAGAGAACUGUGCCAAAAACCUCUUUUCCACACGUGGGAAACCAAACUUCACUCGACACCCAUCUCUCAUCAAACUGGUAAAGAGCAUAGAGAGUGACCGGAGAAAGAUAAAUUCUGCUCCCAGUAGCCCUAUCAAAACCCACAAAGCUGAGAGCACUCAGAAUUCUGCACCUUUCCCGAGCAAAAUGGCUCAGCUCGCAGCUAUCUGCAAAAUGCAGUUAGAAGAGCAAUCAAGUGAACCCAGAAAGAAUGUGACAGUACAGCUGGCAGGAUCUGGGCACUGCAAACCCGUGGCCCCUCUGGACACUCCAGCAAAUGCCGAGCUAGAGAUGACGGCACCAUCCCUCAUCCAGCCCCUGGGGGUGGUCCCCCUCCUCCCCAGCCCAUUGUCACCAGCAAUGCCUGUGAUCCUACCUCAGACCCCUUCGGGGACAUCGUAUGCCAUCUACUUGCAGCCUGCCCAGGCCCAAACUCUAGCGCCACCCCCAGGCCUGAGCCCCACAGUCUGCCCCACCACCUCUUCUAACGCUAUGAUAUCAGAGGACUCCACUGAUGCCACCGGCGAGAGUGCAGACAGUGAUGCCCCAAAGUCCAGCGCAUCCACCAGGCCUGGAAGUUUGCUGCCAGGGCCGGAGAGACAAGGUGCAAAGAACCGAGAGAGGGAGCCAGCUAGAGAAAAAGGCUCCAAGAGGGCAAGCAUGCUCGAGGACAGUGGUUCCAAAAAGAAAUUUAAAGAAGACCAGAAAGCACCUGAAAAUGUCUCCACAACCUUGUUCCCAUCAGGAUACCUAAUCCCUCUCACCCAGUGCUCAACCCUGGGGGCAGAGUCCAUUCUGUCUAGUAAUGAAAACUCAGGUACACUUUCCCCAAAUCACAGGAUCUACAGCUCCCCGAUUGCAGGUGUUAUUCCAGUGACAUCAUCUGAACUCACUGCUGUUAAUUUUCCCUCUUUUCAAGUAACACCUUUGAAGCUAAUGGUCUCACCAACUUCCAUGGCAGCCAUCCCUGUCGGGACCAGCCCGGCUCUCUCUUCGAGCCACCCACUUCCCAUCCAGAACCCGAGCUCAGCCAUUGUAAACUUCACCCUGCAGCACUUGGGCCUCAUCUCCCCCGGUGUGCAGGUGUCCACCAGCCCUGGACCCGGAGCCGUUGCCGUGUCGCCAAGAAUAGAGGCUGUUAGCGUCACACCCGAAAGUGCAGGCGCUCAGCAAGGAGGGGCCACCAAGUGUGACGCCUCCAUCCUGAGCCAGAACCAAACAAACGGACAAUCAUUUGCAGGGACAGGGGCACAACAGCCUGUUCCUGUGACACCCAAAGGGUCCCAGCCAGUGGCCGAAAGCUUCUUCCGUACUCCAGGUGGACCAACAAAGCCAACAGGCUCCACCUGCAUGGAUUUUGAUGGUGCUAAUCACACCUCCGUAGGAACUCUCUUCGUCCCACAGCGAAAACUGGAAGUCUCAGCGGAGGAUGUCCAUUAAUUGACAUAUUUGGCUUUGUUUAAUCUUCUGAGGAGUUGUGUAAUCUUCUGAAGAGAAGAUGGCCUCAGACUGAUUUGGAGAACACAUUCUCUGAAAAAUCUGUAAAUACGUUGAGGGUUUACUUAUUUGCAAAACAGACACUUAUUUUCGUACUUAAAUAUAUAUAUAUAUCCACACAGACAUAUAAAUAUAUAUUUGUAUUAAGCUAAGUUCAGCCAUCAGUCCUACAAAAUAAAGUGUUGAACUAAGGUAUAUUAACUUCUGGGGGAAGGGGUUCAUUUUUUCAUCUGUGCCCAUCCUAUUAUGCUGAGUAACUGUGUUAAAGUUUACUUCCCUUUGGGUGAACCUGUGACAGGCCUAACACAGCGCUCUCUUCAACUUUGCACAAAGAAAGCGCUGUGAUGUAUAAUGUAUUUUUAAAUGGGAGGACUGUAGCUAUAUUUUUUUGUAAUUUCUUUCCGCUGUUGUUGCAGUAUGUCUUUUUGUAAAGUUCGCAACAAUCCUUAAUCAAGUCUAUGGAAAAAUUAUUUAUAAAAUGUAUUUUUAAUCAUAAGUUGUUCAAAUUAAAACUUUUCUAAAAUGUA